GUCUCAUGUAGCUCGUCCUCUAGCCCGCAUACAGUACUAUUUUUGUCACGGCGGAGGACACCAUGGACACGCUGUAAGUGUUUUUAACUGAGUCUUUUUAUUUUGUCCCUCUAAUGACGUCCAGGUUGACCGUGGUCAUCUUUUUGUUAGUCAGCCCUUUGGUGUGGAGUGGAUACCUAGAAUAUAAUCAAGAUGUGCUGAUACCCGACGACUGGACUUGUGUUGGUCGGCUCAAGCCCUCAGAGACAGUGGAGCUGACCUUUGCCCUCAAGCAGCAGAAUGUUGACUUGCUGGAGGAGACACUCAAAUCGGUGUCCGACCCUGACUCGCCUCAGUACGGUAAAUACCUCCCGCUGGAGGAGGUUGCCUCCCUUGUGCGCCCAUCGGAGGUCUCCCAAAAGCUGGUGCAGAACUGGCUGCAGAGUCAUGGCGUCACAGACUGUUUGACUGUUCACACUCAGGACUUCUUGCAGUGCACCAUGACUGCACAGGUUGCAGAGAAACUACUACCAGGCAGCAGGUUCCAGCGUUACAUCAGAGACGGUUACUCCAUUGUAAGGUCCUCAGCGCCAUACUCUGUUCAUGAUGAUGUUGGCCAACACCUUGACUUUGUGGGAGGGCUUCACCGCUUUCCUCCUAAAGGAAAGAAUCCCAGUGAGGCCUUUACCAGCUGGACACAAAUGCAGUCUGACACAGAGUUUCACCUGGGAGUGACUCCUGCUGUUCUAAGAGCCCGUUACAAUAUGAGUGCAACUGAUGUGGGAGCAGCCAAGAACAAUAGCCAGGCUGUAGCUCAGUUCUUGGAGCAGUACUUCAGCCCUGCAGACCUGGCAGAGUUCAUGAGUAUUUAUGGAAGCAGUUUCCAGCACCUGUCGAAAGUGGACCGUGUCGUGGGCAGACAGAGUACAGGAAAGGCCGGUUUAGAGGCCAGUCUGGAUGUGGAGUACAUCAUGAGCACGGGUGCCAACAUCCCCACAUGGGUCUUCACUAAUCCGGGUCGUCAUGAGUCCCAGGAGCCGUUCCUCCAGUGGAUGGUUCUGCUCAGCAACAUGUCUGACCUACCUUGGGUCCACACCAUCAGCUACGGGGAUGAUGAGGACAGUCUGUCCACUGCCUAUAUGCAGCGCAUCAACACUGAGUUCAUGAAAGCCGGCAUCAGGGGAAUUUCCUUACUUUUUGCUUCUGGUGACAGUGGCGCUGGCUGCCGGCACAUGGCUAAAGAGCAAAACUCCUUCAGACCCAGUUUUCCUGCCUCAAGCCCCUAUGUGACCACAGUUGGAGGAACCUCGUUUAAGAAUCCAUUCAAGCUAACGUAUGAAGUCACUGAUUACAUCAGCGGAGGAGGCUUCAGUAAUGUGUUCAGGAUGCCUGAUUACCAGGCCAGUGCUGUGGCAGGAUACCUGAAGACUGUAGAGGCAACACUUCCUCCUAAGUCAUACUUUAAUGUCAGCGGAAGGGCAUAUCCAGACAUAGCUGCCCUGUCUGAUAAUUACUGGGUGGUCAUCAAUAGAAUACCCAUGCCCUGGGUGUCAGGGACCUCGGCAUCAACUCCAGUGGUUGGCGGCAUGUUUUCUCUCAUCAAUGACAAGCGUCUGUUGAAGGGCCUUCCCGUCCUGGGCUUCCUCAACCCUCGCCUCUACAAGCUGAAGGAGCAAGCUCUGUUUGACGUGACUGAAGGUUGUCACCUGAGCUGCUUGGACGAGCAAGUUCAGGGUCAAGGUUUCUGUGCCGCACCGUCGUGGGACCCAGUCACAGGCUGGGGAACCCCAAACUACCCCUCACUGCUGGCUGCCCUCCUGGUUGACUAAAAAGCUAAUAGUUAAGACAGCCACUACUCUUGAGAGCAGGUACUAAACACCUACACAGUUGUGGCAGGAUGCGACGCUCUGAUUUUCUUUUUGUUGGAUCAUUGCCUUACUCAGGUCUGCAGGGAUGUUUUUAUUUGUCUUCACAUGAUUGAUUCAAGGCUAAGUGUGAGAAGAGUGGAGAUAUUAUUUUUAAAGUAUUUUUUUAAAGGUCCACUGCACUUUGUUUUACAAUCUCUCAACUGACCCACACUUUACAGCCAGAUGAGAAAACUAAUCAAAUCAUUAAUCCACAAUCAUUCACAAGCCAUAAUAUGCAAAUUUACAUAGUAGUAUACUAGAUGCAAUAAUCACUUUUUGGAUACUGCAUGAUCACGUUUUUAUUCACAUUUGUGCACAGUUACAAGUAACAUUAAAGACUAUCGCAUUAACUGGAUUUUAAGUUGGCUAUGGCUGGUUGGCAGCCAUGCACCAACCAAAUGCAGUUUUAAAUCUUAAAAAGCGCCAUUUCCAAACCUGUGGUAAUACAGAAUUACAUUUUGUCACGUCCCGAUUGUUCUACAAUAGAAAAUGCCAAAUGGUCUGCAGUGUUGAUGAAACUGUGGAAAUGACAAAAGAGCUGCUGUGCAGUAAUGUUGAUUGCUGUAACUAAUAAAAAGUAUUUAAUGGUGAUUGGGUUCACUUUCUAAGUAGAUUAAAUUGUACAAGAAGGCAAAGAGCUCUGCACAGCAUCAAUAGAUCCUGUAUAUGAAAUGUGGUUGCGGGAUGAAGACAAUGUUUAAGGGGAAAAAACAUUUUGGGAUGAAGAAAAACAAUAUUUAAGGGAAAAAAACAUUUUAAUUGUUGAUCACUAUUGAAAAUCACAUGGCUAUUAUCUACAUGACUGAUAUUGUGUUUUACAAAAUGAAAAUAAUCCAAUCCCUCGUCCAAACACAAAGGAAAGUAAAACUGAAGAGCAACUGGGAUCCUCUCAUUUGCCACAGCGUUAAUGUCAAUCAGUGUACAAUAUGCACACUUGGGGAGAAGUACAAAAUUGAAAAAGAUUCAUUGCAAAUGUCUGACUUUGAAUGUAAAACACUUCAUCUGACUGUUUUUAGGUAUAAAUAAGAUUUCAGGUGUCGAGAACCAUGAGGUGACGAGUAGAAAGUGUUCAAUUCAGGUAGCGCGAGAAUCAGGUUUAGUUGGAGGUCUCAAGUGUUGCGAGGGUCAGUGUUCCCAUCUGCACACACAUUAUCAAAAAGUCUCUUUGAAGGUUUGUGUUGAAAAAUGAUACAAAGGGGAAUUGGUUAUCUCACAAGCAGGCAGUCAGGCCACACUGGACAUCAAUUGUCCCUGUCAAGGAGAUGCAGCGUGUGUCCUCCAGUGUAAUGUCGGCUAAUGUCACCGUGGGCCCCCUUCAAGGUUUGCUUCAGUCACUGGUUGUUCUUCGCUUUGGCGUGUGUAAGGAUGUGAGACUUCAGGUUGGUGGACUGAGCAAAUUUCUUGUUGCAGCCGUCAAAGGGGCACACGUACGGGCGGUCCCCCGUGUGAAUACGCACGUGUGUGCGCAAGUUAAAGUCCAGGGAGAAUCUCUUGCCACAGCCCUCAAACGUGCACUGGAGACAGGAAAGCACUUCAGUUAGACCACAUAGCAACAAGACAUUUGUGUCUUAAAGUGGCAAGAAGACACCCACCUGGAAAGGUUUCUCUCCUGUGUGUACGAGUUGAUGCCUUUUCAGUUUGGAACUCUCCACGAAGGCUUUGCCACACUCUGCGCAGACGUGUACGCGAGGCCCGUGGGUGUGCAAGUGCUUCCGCAUCGCUGAGUUGUCCCUGAACAUCUUGGUGCAGCCCUGAGGAUGGGGACAAUAUCACUCAAUCAAAAUGUUAAUUUCCUCCAACUAUUUUGUUUUUUGUUAACUAGAAAUGCAUAAUUGCAAAUGACCGAAAUGUACCCUCCGUGGGAAUCCUCAAAUUGUUUGAUGCUGUUUAUGCACUACGUACCGAAAGUAUUUAUCAUUUCAUGUCCAUGACGACAUGCCAUUUCCGUCUACCUGCUCGUGCAUUUACAAUUCUCAACUCGGUUUAUGGUGCACGGCGGGAGAAGCGAUCACAUUAAUUACGUGCCAUGUCUUUGAGCGAGCAUGCUGCAGGUUAUGACUGGAUUAUUUUGGAUUCUAUUGAUUUCUUUUAUGAAAAUGUGACGGUGUCAUAUGGAACUGACAAGGAGCGAUCGCAUUGCUGUGUAUAUGCUGAUGUUUGACGACAAAGAUGUAAUCCCAUUUGAUUACAGUAUAAAAACAAUCUAAAAAAAAUCUAGUUUUCCUCAGCUGAGUUAUUGUCUUGCUGUUUACAUGUGAACCUACUCACUAUAGCUAUCUCUGACAGCUCUUGUAUUGGAUCCUACUCGACUGUGCAGCUGUACCAAAUGUGUAGUAGGCAAGUGCAUCUUUCAUCUCAGCAAUGUCAAAAACUAAGAGCAGUCACUCACUUUGUGUGGACAGGCUAUCGUCCGGGGUGCAUCGUCUUCUUUCACUUUCUUUGGCUUCAUUCUGUUCGGAAAAUAAACAUUUUUCAGUGCUAAGUGACGCAUGCAAUCCUCAAGUGAAACAUCAGCACUUACCUUGCAAAUUCUGCCAGCUGUUUGGGAUCUGACAGAUCAAUGCCUGGGAUGCCCCCUGGCGGCAGCUUCUUGCCAGUCAUGUACUCUGAAUAGUCUGGAGGGGAGUUUUCACCCGUGAUUUGCUCUUCGUGGUCAAUGUCUUUCUUGUCAUCUGAAUCAAAUUGUUGAGAUUUCAAUAAAAGCAAUGGGAUCAGACAAAGACAC